AUGGCUGUUAAAGAUGAUUAUCAAGAUUUUAAAGUUGCAUUAAAUGAUCUAAAAAUGAAUAGCAAACCAUUAAUUAAUUUUUUAACAAUACUUGCAGAAGAAAAAAUGCAUAAUGCACCACAAAUUGUACGUGCUGUUGAAGAACGUAUAGUUGAAACUAAAGGUGAUCAUGUUUUACCUGCUUUAUAUGUACUUGAUUCAAUAGUGAAAAAUUUACGUUCAUCCUUGUACGUUCAAUUAUUUGAAGCAAAAUUGCCAGUACUUUUUGCUAAUGCUUUCAAUAAGGUCGAUGAACGUACACGAUCUGCUAUGUUUAAACUUCGUCAAACAUGGUCACCAUUUUUCACUAAUUUAUCAUUGUAUAAUCUCGAUACAAGAACACAUGAUAUUGAUCCAGCAUGGCCUAUUACAGCUAGAGUACCUGAUCCAUCUCCAUUUUUACAAAAUAUUCAUCUUAAUCCAAAUUUUCUUCAAAGAGUAUGUAUUAUUUUUAAAAAAUUUCGAUUUUGA